UGGAUAGGCAGCACUUCUUCUCCUUCUCCUGGAGGAUCCAUCCAGUGAAGCUGAGGGGCACUAGAUUCAAGACAGCUACCAGCAUGAACAGAGGACUUCUCUCGUUACUGCUGCUGUACACAGUCCAAGCCAAACCCUGCCCUCCCUGUUUGUGCGAGCCACUGCAAGGAAAAUUGGGCUGGCGAAUAGACUGCACUUCACUGGGGCUGAAGGAGAUGCCUCUCCUGUCAAUUGACAUCCUGAUUCUUGAGCUGCAAAACAACAGUUUGACCACAAUCCAUCCUGGCACGUUGGACAUCUUGAGAAAAGUGGAGAAAGUAGAUUUUUCCAACAAUCCUUGGAACUGCGACUGCUCUAUUUUAUAUUUCAAGAUGUGGCUGGAAGACUUCCAUGGAGCCUCUCUUGCCAACAUUACAUGUGCGGGUCCCACUUCUAUGAAGAUGAGAGCCUUGAGCCAGCUGAGUGGAAAUGACUUGGAAGGAUGCCGGAAACCUCCCCCAAUCAACUGCCUUGAUUUCCUCUGGAGGGAUGUUCCACUCAUUGCUAUUGCAGUAUUGGUCUUAAUUUUAUCAUUCUGCAUUCUGUAUUGUUCCAGAAAAUUAGCCCACCAAGCUAAUAAAAAGCAGCAUUCUCUUGAAGUCCCGCUGCUGCAGAUUCACGACAUGGAAGACCAGAAGUCAAAGUAAACUGCUAACAGCUCUUUAAUGAGAAUACCAAAAGUAAUCUGUUAAUGAAGAAGUGUUUGUAUAGAAAGUAAGCAUUCAUUCACUGCCAUGGCUUGUGGUAAAGAUAGAGCAUAAGUUGUAUUUUGUUUUGUUAUUGCUGACUGUGUGGGGGAAGGGGGUUUGGAAGGGUGAGUGGUGACUGAGUUUUGGGCCAUGGGGAUAUUGUUGAAGCCCUAGGAAUGCCAGUUUGGGAUUCGGAAAUAUCUGGGGAAAUACCUGGAGAUGUGCAGCCUGAGGACAGCAGGGUUUGAGCAGGGGAGAGACUUCAACGGAGUAUACCGCCAUACAGCACAGGCGUAUGGCCUGUAGGGACAUGAGGUCACCCAUGUCCCCGGGCGCACACAUUUCAGUCAUGUGGGGGUGCCAGGAACCCCCUCACAUGACAAAACAGCAUGCGCCCUUGCCAUACGCUGCCAAGCCCCACCACCCGCCUCCCUGCAGGCCGUCUCCUGCUGUCCCCAGGGACCACUUCCCCCCCGGUCUGCCUUUGGCAUAGAGUCCACCUUCCAAAGCAGCCAUUUUUCUCCAGGUGAACUAAUCUCUGUCGCCUGGAGAUCAGUUGUAAAUAGCAGGAGAUUGCCACCCACUAGCUGUAGAUUGGUAACUCAACCAAGCUCCUGUCCCUGUAGCCAGAGGUGAGAUCCAACCAGUUCUCACCACUUCUCUAGAAGUGGUUACUAAUUUUUUCUGAGUGCCAAGAAGGGGUUACUAAAGCAACCUCCCUGCCCAAUAGGGACUGGAGGUGCGUGUGUGCGGCGGCGCCACUGUUUGAAUCCCACCACCUGUUAUUAAAAUUUUUGGAUCCCACCACUGCCUGUAGCCAUCAAUCUAGUUUGGGCCAGCUCUGGAGGUGGGUUCAACUGGGGUGGGUCUGAGGGAGAACAUCUUCCCUCUGGUCUAGCCUGUCCCAGAUAUACAAAAGAGAAGGCAGCCUGAAGCAACCCAGGCACUCAGAGCCUUCUUUGUCCUCCGUUAAAUAAAACAUGUUUCUGCAAAAAGUAAGUGUAUGCAGCCAUGACUAAAUGAUGCUUGUGGCAGAGAAAGAACACCAGCUGUAUUUUGUUUGCUAUUUUUGGUUAUGCAAAAAUUCCUACCAUGGCCGCAUUCUGUUUCCUGAAACAACCAUUGUCACUGGAAUAAAACCAAUUACAAUCGAA